UACCAGUAUGUUUCUUCUUUAUAGGCACUUCACCUACUCAUGAGGUUCUGAGACCAUUAGAAUGUCCAUUUGUGCCUCUUCUCACAAGGAGUUUUCUCAGCUGUUACCUGUUCAAGACAUGGAUAUCAAAAACUCACCAUCUAGCCUUCACUCUCCCACCUCUUUCAACUGCAGUCAGCCUGUCCUACCCCUGGAGCAUGGCCCCCUUUAUAUUCCUUCCUCCUAUGUAGAGAGCCGCCAUGAAUACUCAGCCAUGACAUUCUAUAGCCCAGCUCUGGUGAACUAUAGUCUUCCUGGCAAUGGUAAUAACUUGGAUGGUGGGCCUGGUCGACAGACCACAAGCCCAGAUGUGCUGUGGUCAGCUCCUGGACAUCUGUCUCCUUUGGCGAUCCAUUGCCAGUCGUCCCUUCUGUAUGCAGAGCCUCAGAAGAGUCCUUGGUGUGAAGCAAGAGCACUAGAGCACACCUUACCUCUAAACAGAGAGACGCUGAAAAGGAAGGUUAGUGGGAGCAGCUGCACCAGUCCUGUUUCCAGUUCAAGCUCAAAGAGGGAUGCUCACUUUUGUGCGGUGUGCAGCGAUUAUGCAUCUGGGUAUCACUACGGAGUCUGGUCAUGUGAAGGAUGUAAGGCUUUUUUUAAAAGAAGCAUUCAAGGCCAUAAUGAUUAUAUUUGCCCAGCUACAAAUCAAUGUACCAUAGAUAAGAACCGGCGUAAAAGCUGCCAGGCCUGCCGCCUGCGGAAGUGCUAUGAAGUAGGGAUGGUGAAGUGUGGCUCCCGGAGAGAAAGGUGUGGGUACCGCAUAGUGAGAAGGCAGAGAAGUUCCAGCGAUCAGCUGCACGUCCUGAGCAAAGCCAAGAAACCCGGUGGGCACGUGGUCCGGGUGAAGGAGCUGCUGCUGAACGACCUGAGCCCCGAGCAGCUGGUGCUCACCCUGCAGGAGGCAGAGCCGCCCCACGUGCUGGUGAGCCGCCCCACCACGCCCUUCACCGAGGCCUCCAUGAUGAUGUCCCUCACCAAGCUGGCCGACAAGGAACUGGUGCACAUGAUCGGCUGGGCCAAGAAAAUUCCUGGCUUUGUGGAGCUCAGCCUGUUGGACCAAGUGAGGCUCUUGGAGAGCUGCUGGAUGGAGGUGUUGAUGGUGGGGCUGAUGUGGCGCUCGAUUGAUCACCCUGGCAAGCUCAUCUUUGCUCCAGACCUUGUUCUGGACAGGGAUGAGGGGAAGUGCGUAGAAGGAAUUCUGGAAAUCUUUGACAUGCUCCUGGCAACAACUUCAAGGUUUCGUGAGUUAAAACUCCAGCACAAAGAGUAUCUCUGUGUCAAGGCCAUGAUCCUCCUCAACUCCAGUAUGUACCCGUUAUCUGCAGCCUCCCAGGAGACAGAGAGCAGUCGGAAGCUGACUCACCUUCUGAAUGCGGUGACUGAUGCCCUGGUCUGGGUCAUCGCCAAGAGCGGCAUCUCCUCCCAGCAGCAGUCCGUCCGCCUGGCCAACCUGCUGAUGCUCCUCUCCCAUGUCAGGCACAUCAGUAACAAGGGCAUGGAACAUCUGCUCAGCAUGAAGUGCAAAAACGUGGUCCCAGUGUAUGACUUGCUGCUGGAGAUGCUGAAUGCCCACACGCUUCGCGGGUACAAGUCCUCUGCCUCAGGCUCCGAAGGCAGCUCAGCAGAGGACGGUAAGAGCAAAGAGAGCUCCCAGAACCCACAGACUCCAUGAUGCCCAGCCCUGAGGUGAAUGAGCCCACAGAGGAGGCCAAGGUGGACAUGCACACGCCAGCAGGUCACAAGCCUGGCCUCCAUCACCUCUCUGUUGUCCCUCCUUUGG